AUUUGAUCGCUUCAAAAAUUUUCCCACUUAUUAUCAGAGUAUGAAAUACAGAUUUAAAUUGAAAAAUUCUUUCUUUUUCUUGGCGACACUCGAGUAGACAGAUCUUGGUUCUUUGCAUUUCAAGCUUUAAUCUAAAAAUAUGAUGGGGAAAGGAUUUAUUGCAAUUUUUGCCAUACUUCUGAUUGGUUUGAGUUCUUUCACGGGCGGAACUACUGAAAAUAAGGAAAUUAAUGAAAGAGAGAGAAGAAAUUUAGUUUGUUGGCUUGGACUUACUCAUCUGGUCCCGCCGGUAUUCCAAAUGGCUGUUAAGCACGUUCGCAAAUACGAUCCAUUACCAAUCGGCUCUCUUGUGCUUGGAGAAUUGAAAAAUGGCACAUUUAGCGGAUUGAGGACUUUGCGCAACGACUCCGAUGUCAAUGUCUACUGUGAUGGUGGCAAGGUGAUACUGAAUACCACCCUCAACGUGAACAAUGCUUCCAUCGAUUACAAAUGGAAGCAAGGCUUGUUGAUCCUCGACCUGUUUGGAUCCGUCUGGACCAAAGUCCAAAACAUCAGAUUCCGUUUCGAGGUCACCUUGAACAUGGAUAAAGGAAUCAAGUUGGGGCUCACCAAUACUAAAGUAAUGAAAGUGGAAGGCUUGAGGUUUGGUUUCAAGGGAUUGGGCGUGCUUAAUCCUGUGGUGGAUCUUCUCGGAGAUUUGGUGCUGGACCUAUGGAAGAAUCAAGUUGCCAACUAUAUGGAGCAACUUAUGAUAAAAUCUUUGGAAAGAGAGCUUCUCCACUUGAACAUAUUGUAUUGAUCAAAAGAAAGAUGAGUUAUGUACAAAAUGUAUUAAAUUGCUUUUAAAAUUGA